GUUUCAAAUCAUAAUAAUAAUAUGCAAAAAGCAAUCUGUUGAUCUGUUGUAAAUAAUGUGAAUAACUUAACAACUUGCAAACGUUCAAAUCCAAAUAUCAUCUCUUAAUUCCACACUUUUUACAUUGAGAUGUUGACUUUUAACUGGUAGGUACUGUCAACUUAGACAAUGAGCGUGUUGUACAGCGAUGACGAUGGUUUCUUCAUAUCGCAUCAAAUGUUUAUUUCUAAGUUGUACGAUACGAUUUUGAGUAAGACCGAAAACGCUGUACAUUUAUACGAACAUUUCUUUCACAUAAACAAUCCAUUCGUCAGAGAUAAACAGCAAGUUGAAACUAAUGCGGAAAAUAAUGUAAAACAUAAGAGAAAGCGGCCAAAAUAUGAGGAAGACGAGAUAAGUAAAAGAAUCAAAACUUUUAUAUCAAAUUUAAAAAAUCAACAAGAUAUUUUUUCCACAUCACUAAAUAUUUUGGAUAAUAAUAGUUGUGCUAGACAUGCAUCUAUCAAAUUUUAUGAAAGUACAAGUGAGCUAAAAACAUUUUACGGGCAAAAUCCAAAUCCAAACUUACAUAUAGCUAAUGGCUAUGUAUUUCCUCCAAAAUGUCAGUUUUAUUGUGACAAUGUUUUCAACAUGAAAAACCUCGGAGAUGAAAAAUAUGACAUGAUUUUGUUAGACCCACCAUGGACAAAUAAAUAUAUAAAAAGAAAAAAGAGACUUAAACGAGAUGAAGGUUAUACAAUGAUGCUUGAUCAGGAUUUGGCACAAUUACCUAUAAGCGAGUUUCUAACUUCAAAUGGUUUGGUUUGCGUUUGGUGCACAAAUUCUCAAAAUCAUAUAGACUCAUUAAAGUCUAUAUUAUUUCCAAAAUGGAACAUAAAAUAUGUGGCCUGUUGGUACUGGAUAAAGGUAACAAAAUGUGGAGAAUUUAUUUGUAAUUUUGCUCCACAAACAGGAAAACAACCUUACGAACGCAUUAUAUUUGGAAGAAAAAUAGACAGUGAUACUAAAAUAAAAAAUCCCGAAGAAAAUAAGUUAAUUGCAAGUGUUCCAAGUUCAGUGCAUUCACAUAAACCCCCUCUAUCUGAAAUAUUAAUUCCUUAUUUGCCUCCAACACCAAAAUGUUUAGAACUAUUUGCAAGGUAUCUUUUACCCAAUUGGACUAGUUAUGGACUUGAAGCUUUAAAAUUUCAACACCAAUUUUUGUAUGAAAAUACAGACAUGGAAUACUGCAAUCACAAAUCCAAUAUUAAAUCUAAUGAAAAUGUAUAAUAUUUCAAUCAAAUAAAACAUAUUUAUUUGUUUUUA